AUGCAUUUUCGAGAUGUUUUAGAAAGCAUCAAAUGGAAUAAGAGAGAGAGAGCCAGGAACAACUGGAGGAGGAUAGUGAUGCAAUUUGUUAAUGGAAACUGCAAGGUCAACGUAGAUGCUACUAGAGCGAAUGAGACGGAGAGCGAAGAAAAUGAUAGUCAAUGGACUUUUGAUAAUUCUAUAUCAUUCCACUCAACUUUUCCGUACGGCGCGUGUGUAAGAGUGAUGGAUUUGUCUAAUCUGCAGUCCAAGAACAAGCUUACUGACUAUAUGCUUGAUUCCUUAUUGGAAAGCCUUCCCAACUUGAUUGAAUUGGGUCUCUAUAACUGUUAUACUGUAACCGAUAAAUUGAUUAAGAGACUGCCCAGGAGCUUAUGUCCACUGAUGUGGGUUGAGAAGCUAAGCUUAGAAUUCGACUACCAUUGGGGCGAACUAAUGAUCCUUGAAUUGAAGAACAGCCCGUUUGCGAGGGAAGAGGAUGUUCUCAAUAUUGUGAUGAAUUCGCCUAAACUGAAGAAAGUUGUUCUAACGAUGGACAUGUCGGGAACAAGUUUGGCAAGAGAAAUCAAGAGAGCUGCUCCACAAGUAGACGUUGUACUAAGAAGGUAG